CAUUUGAGGGUGCCAUAGCUGAAGCCGGUGCUCGACGGCUGACAAUCUUAUAUUUUUGUAUUAUCCAUGGCAGAGCAUCCACCUAACCCUCUCGUCGGCCCGCAUGCCGAGACGCCAACAGCUGAAAAGCGUAUCUGCAUCAUUGGUGCUGGGGCAGGCGGUCUCGCGACGUUGAAGGUCCUUAAAGAGACCGAGCAAGCGCAGUCAGGAUUGUGGAAGCUCACUGCAUUCGAAGAGAGGCAAGCUAUUGGUGGAGUGUGGUUGCCUGCACCUCCAGAGCAAAACCCGCCGCUGACGCCCUUAUACGAUGUCCUGACAACGAAUUUACCCCACCUAAUCAUGGGAUACCCAAGCUUCCCGUUCCCGCCCAGCACUCCCCUCUUCCCCUCUGCGGCAAUAGUGCUGAAAUACCUACAAGAUUACGCCGCCCAUUUCGACCUCCUCCGCCAUGUCCGACCGAACACUCGGGUAGAGGAAGCGCGAUGGAAUGCUUCAGAGCAAGUGUGGAAGGUCACGCUUUCUACUGGAGAGCUCUCGGACUUCGAUUUCAUUGUUGUCGCCAACGGCCAUUAUAGGAAGCCUCGAUACCCCAACACUCAAGGACUGCAGAAAUGGAUCGCCUCUGGACGCGCUAUACACUCAGCAUGGUUCAGACGCGCGAGUGAUCAUGCACAGUACAAGAAAGUUCUGGUGGCCGGCGGUGGUCCCAGCGGACUAGACAUCAGCACAGAAAUGCGCACGGUCUCUCAGCUUGUCCUGCACUCUGUUCCCAGUGACGCGUUUCCCAGUGAUUUCGCACCUCCGCCAAAUACAGACAGUUACAGGAAGGUGCCGAAGGUUAAGGAGUACAAAGACAAUGGCGACGUUGUUUUUGCAGACGGCACGAUCGAGUCGAAUGUUGAAUUUGCCAUCCUCGGGACGGGCUAUGAAGUAUCCUUCCCAUUCCUCCCGCAAUCAACGCUCGGAGUGCCAAACUUUCCGCCGCCGCUUCCUUCGCAUCUGUACAACUCAACUUAUCACAUCUUCCCCCUCGCGAAACACCUGUUCCCGCUGCAAUCUGACUUUCCUGCGCAUACCAUCGCAUUCCCCGCGCUCCCCCAGCGUGUCGCGCCCUUCCCGAUCUCCGAGGACCAGGCGCGUGCGAUCGCCCGCGUGCUCACAGAGCCAAGUGCCUUGGACGUUGCCGCGGAGGCUGUGGCCAUCGUUGAGCGCGCACGCGCGCUGGCGAAGGAAGAAGGCACCGACGACCCGCUCCAACUAGCGAAGGCAUGGUCUCGGUUCGGACCGCGCGAGCCAUUCGAGUACCGUGCGGAGCUGCACGCGUUCGCGAAGCCCGGGACAGAAUGGCGUGCACCUGACUGGGAGGUUGAGUUUUGGGACCGCAAGGACGCGUUACGGGCGGAAUGGAAAGAAGUUGUGAAGAGCGGACAAGCGGGUGAGUGGGUGAAGGGCGUCGGGGAACGCGGCGUGCAGGAGUGGGUGGACCUGUGCCGGAGGCUUUUGAAGAGGCGCGAUGAUAGAGAGAAGCAGCAGGCAAAGCUGUGAUGCCGACUAGAUAAGCCUAGCCAUAAUGUUUUAACUUCACAAGUGCAUAGAGAGAGACGGAAUAUGUUGC